UUGUGGUCACCUCUGUUGUUUGUGGUCCUUUGGUUUUGAAAAAUAUUUAAGGACAGCCAAUUCCCCCUUUUCCCCAAAAUACUUUUUUUCAAUUAUCUAUCACUCUUUUCUUCUCUCAAAUUUAUCCUCCUCAAUUCAAAAUCAAAAUACUGGCACUGAAAGGUCAUUGGUUAAUAGUGACGUGCUUUGACUUCCGUUGUUGGUCAAUAGUAGUUGUCAUUGUGAAUUGUUGAAUUAGAUUGACAUCUCUCUUUGUCGGUGGUAGUUGAUGCAUUGAUAUUUAACUGUUUGUGUUCUACGAUUCUUGACUUGUUUAAGCGUUGGAAAAUUUUCUGAAUACAUCCCAUGGAUGUGCUGUUCAGCAACCUUUAACUUAAUUUGUAUCUACACCACUGAUCAGAAAGGUGGUUGAUUUAAAUUGACGAUGAAUUUUGACUUCUGUUCUUGGUUCGUUGCAGCAGUUGAUUUGUGUCAGUGUUGAUCUUUGAUUUACACUAUCUUGAACUUUGUUGUUGGUCGUUAUUAAUUACUGUUACUUAGUGGAUCCCUUCACUUAUGUUAACCUUUGUUGUUGGUUGUUGUUGGUCGUUGGUUGUCAUUAUUGUUCUUCGUGGAUCGCUCUCACUUAUGUUGACCUUUGUUGUUGGUUGUUGUUGGUCGUUGGUUAUUGGUCUUAGUAUUCUGUUGAUCCCUCUCACUCAUGUUGACCUUUGUUGUUGGUUGUUGUUAGUCGUUGGUUAUCAUCAUUGUUCUUCGUGGUUCCCUCUCACUUAUGUUGACCUUUGUUGUUGGUUACUGUUAGUCGUUGGUUGUCAUUAUUGUUCUUCGUGGAUCCCUCUCACUCAUGUUAACCUUUGUUGUUGGUUACUGUUGGUCGUUGGUUAUCAUUAUUGUUCUUCGUGGAUCCCUCUCACUCAUGUUGACCUUUGUUGUUGGUUAUUGUUAGUCGUUGGUUAUCAUUAUUGUUCUUCGUGGAUCGCUCUCACUUAUGUUGACCUUUGUUGUUGGUUGUUGUUAGUCGUUGGUUAUUGGUCUUAUCAUCCUUCGUGGAUCCCUCUCACUCAUGUUGAACUCUGUUGUUGGUUACUGUUGGUCAUUGGUUAUCAUUAUUGUUCGUUGUGGAUCCCUCUCACUUAUGUUGACCUUUGUUGUUGAUUGUUGUUAGUCGUUGGUUAUUGGUCUUAUUAUUUUGUGGAUCCCUCUCACUUUUGUGACCUUUGUUGUUGGUUCUUGUUUGUUGUGGUUCCUUAAUCCUAUUGGUACGAGAAUUUAUUAUGGUUAGCUGACUUAUAUCGACCUGCACUUGUGAGAUAUAGUAACCUUCUGGGAACUCUGCAAUUAUCUCAUGCUUUCAUUCGCCGUUUGAUGAACUUGGAAGUAUGGCGUACUGUUAUAAGGUACAUAUUUAGUUCGGGACAGGACGUCGGGCUGCCAGGGUAGAGUACACACGGUCCAAUUUGAUCUGUAGGUAUAUUUGUAAGCGCCCAAUGAGGCGUCCAUACAUUGAGGUAUGGGCGUAGUCUGAGGGUGUGCGGCACGUGCUGGGGUGGGUCUCCAGAGCCGGUCUGCUAGUGUGCGGACGUCACUCGGAUCCACUUUUACGAGUGGAGAUCGAGUCGAUGGCCAGCACUAGAUUCUGACUCUGGGCGCUACUUCACCUAUGUGCCGUACACGUAUCAGCCUUGCUGGGUGACUAGCUAGCCAUUUGGCCAGGUAGUGUGUAGCAUGCACUGGGGCAGCCCUUCUAGGGGUUGGUCUGGUAGUGCAUGGGUGUCGCUGGGGUCCACCACUACGGUUGGACCACUAGUUGAUGACCUGCACUCCACACCACCUCUCCUUGAAGGACGCCCAAGGGUGUUUGUCACUGAGGUCCAUCACUACGGUCAGACCUAAUCUUAAUGUGGUUUUGAAUUCAAUAGGAUAUAUUUGUAAUAGAUC